AUGAGAUGCUGAUAGAGAGCGCGGGGGUUGGAGUUCAGUGGAGAGGACCGGGCGGCCGCAACACCCGGACCGGAUCACUCCCACCGCUCACCCCAGUUUGUGUUUUAUAGAUGUUUCUGACUGAUCCAGGUGAAAGGCUUCUGUUUUGGAUCAUUAUGGACGUUCAUGAAGGACAAUCCCAAAAAAAUAAAUCAAUAAAAGCAGGACACCGCGCCCAGGGCCAAAGUGUUUACUCAACCUAAAAGAGCCUGGGAGGCCAGCAGGCCUCACAAAAGCGCCUUUCACCGGUAACAGGACCCUGGACCAACGCUGCCACGUCAAAUUUUUUGGAGCAUACAGCACUGCUGCAAAUGUGUUUAUUUUUACUCUGUUUGGACCAAGACGACAGGGUGACAUAAGCUGACACUACUGAAGAACAUGUAGGACAGGCGACAACAAUGGCAAAUUUGGUAGACCAUUGCAGGCUCCAUUGUUUAACCCGACGCAUUCCUUAUCUCUCCUGACUGUUAAAGUAGGGCAUUAAGGUGUGCCAGCCGGCUGCAGGGACGGAGGGACGGAGGGACUACUUUUCCUGAAAAAAAGUUUUAAUACAAGUGCAGUGGACAAAAAAAGGAACAAAACUGAUCAUACGAGGUUUUAACUGGGGGGGAACUGCAGGGUGAAGGGUGUCGAUGGGAGUUGUGGCUCACUGGAGAGCAACGGGCCGCUCCACGAUAACGGCGCACAGAGCAAACAGGCGCUCAGGUUCGUCCCAGCGGGAAAGAUGUUGUGCACUUGUUCGCAAAAGGACCUGUUCCUCUGUGUGCGCGGCCACCGUCGGUUUCUUGUUGUUCCUGGGAGUCUGCCUACUCCACCUACCGGACCCGCUCACGCUGGAACCGGUCGUCUCUGAGGAGAACCGCGCGGUGACGCUCCUGAUAUGGACCUAUCCUUUCGGUCGGUACCGCAAAAUUCCGGACUGCUUUGCGCUCUAUCAGAUCGGCGGGUGCACGCUCACCGACGACUGGCGCGCGUACCCGGAGGCGGACGCCGUGAUCAUCCACCACCGGGAGGUUGCCACCGGCAGCGCCGAUCUACCACCGGAACCGCGGCCACGUGCGCAAAAGUGGAUAUGGUUGAACUACGAGUCCCCCUCUCACACGUCCAGUCUGUGGCGUUUUGAGGAUGUUUUCAACCUCACAAUGACCUACCGGACAGACUCAGAUAUAUUCCUGCCGUACGGGUAUCUGGUCCCCAAUGAACACAGAACCAGGGGUCUCCAGAACCGCUUUGCGCACCCGCUCCACACACCCCCGCGCUCACACCGCCCCCGACCCCGCCUCCUGGCCUGGGUCAUCAGCAACUGGUCGGAGUCUCAUGCGCGCGUGGCCUUCUACCACCAGCUCCGCCGGUACAUCCAGGUGGAUGUGUUCGGGCGCGCCGGCCGGCCGUUACCGGAGGACAGCGGCGGCGGCAGUGUGGUGCGGCUGCUCGGACGUUACCAGUUCUACCUGGCGCUGGAGAACUCGCAGCACACCGACUACAUCACGGAAAAACUGUGGAACGCAGUGCGGGCCGGUGCCGUCCCGGUGGUCCUGGGUCCGUCCAGGCAGAACUAUGAGCGCUUCCUGCCUCCAGAGGCCUUCAUCCACGUGGACGACUUCCCCACAGCGCGGGAGCUGGCCCGGUACCUGCUGAUGCUGAGGCGCAACCCGGCCCGGCUGAGGCGGCACCUGGACUGGAGAGGGAGCUACAGCGUGCACCAGCCCACCUUCUGGGCUGAACACUACUGCACGGCCUGCAGGGCGGUGAGGAGGACCAGAGGCAGGACUGAUGUGGUCAGAGACUUGAGACGCUGGUUUCACUCGUGAAAAAACACCUGAAGCAGCAGAACUGAACUGAUGAUAAAGCUGAAAGAUAAUGUGUAACCAGACUCACUGCCCACCUGAUGACCUUUCAAAGUUUACAACAGAAAUCUAUUUAUAAUCGACCAUGAUUGUUUAAUUUAUACGACUUUAAUUCGACUAGGUGAUAACUGAGAAUGAUGAUUUUUGAUUCAUUGAGUAAAGUUAUUUUUCCUAUGAACUCUUCUCUCAUUGUCAUCAUUUGAUGGUGUUUUGGUGAUGGUGAUCUGUCAUAUUACAAAUUAUACUUUAUAUUUUAUGUUGAGUCAAGUCAUGUUGGUUUUAUUUGUACUGUACAGCUUAAGGAAGGUUUAACACUCCAUACAACAUUAAAAGCACAGUAUUGUUAUUUCUCUUUUA